AUGACAACACCAAUUGUAACAAGAAAUAGAUCAUCUAUUAUUUCAUCACCUUAUUUUUCGACAUCAACAAAACUGACAACAGUAACAACUACAAUAAAAGAUAAAAAUGAUGAAACACCAAAAAAAAUAAUAAAAAGAGAACAAAUUAAAAUAGAAUAUGAAGAAAAAGAAGAGGAACUAGAAGAAAAAGGAGAUAAAAAAAGACAAAGAAAUAAAAAAGAGAAAAAAAUAAAAAAUGAUAUCAAAAAGGAAGAAGAAGAAGAAAAAGAGGAAGAAGAAGAAGAAAAAGUAAUUGAAGAUAUUAAAAUUAAAACACAUAUUAAUGGUAUAUCAUUAGCAAAAAUUCAUUGGAAAGAAGUUUGGGAUAAAAUUAAAAUAAUGAGAAGUGAAAAUUUGGCACCAGUUGAUACAUUGGGAGCGGAAUCAUUUAAUCAAGAUAAUAUUGAACCAAUUGAAAAGAGAUUUCAUAUAUUAGUUGGCUGUUUAUUAUCAUCACAAACCAAGGAUGCGAUUACCCAUGCAGCAGUAGUAAGAUUAAAAGAGUAUGGAUUAACAGUUGAUAAAAUGUUAACAAUUGAUACCAAUGAAUUGGAGACACUAUUAUAUCCGGUUGGAUUCUAUAAAAGAAAAGCGAUUUACCUUAAAAAGAUUGCAGAGAUUUUAAAGAAUAAAUACAAUGGUGAUAUACCACCAACAUUCAAAGAGAUUGAACAAUUACCAGGUAUUGGACCAAAAAUGACCAAUUUAAUAGUUCAAAUAGCUUGGGGUAGAGUUGAAGGUAUAGCCGUUGAUGUUCAUAUGCAUAGAAUUUCAAAUAGAUUAGGUUGGGUCAAAACUAAAACUCCUGAAGAGACAAUGAAGGACUUGGAAUCUUGGUUACCAAAAGAAAAUUGGGCUACUGUCAAUCAUCUAUUAGUUGGUUUCGGUCAAACUAUUUGUUCACCUGUAAAUCCAAAAUGUUCAAAUUGUUUAGUAAAUAAUUUAUGUCCUGUUGGAAUAAUUGAAAUGAAUUCUUCAAAAAAGAAAAUAAAAAAGAAAAUAAAAAAGUAA